AUGGCGGAAGAGAUAAUAAUAGCGAACGCGGAGGAUAAAAUCUAUGAUUCGAUAGUAUGUUACGCACCAACGAUGAUAACUACGAGUGGAAUAUGGCAAGGUGAUAAUCCACUUGAUUAUUCAUUGCCACUCUUUAUUGUGCAAUUGACAUUGGUGGUUGUCAUCACUCGACUACUAGUUUUUAUCUUGAAACCUAUUCGUCAACCUCGUGUUAUUGCUGAGAUUCUUGGUGGUGUAAUUUUGGGUCCAUCAGUAUUGGGAAGAAGUAGCACAUUUGCUAAUACAAUAUUUCCUCAAAGAAGUGUUAUGGUACUUGAAACAAUGGCAAAUAUUGGUCUUCUUUACUUCCUCUUUCUAAUAGGAGUAGAAAUGGACAUUGCUGUUCUUCGUCGAAAUAGUAAAAAAUCGUUGCUUAUAGCAAUGGCAGGGAUGAUAUUGCCAUGUAUAAUAGGAAGUUCAUUUUCCGUCUUAUUGCAUGAUAAAUCACAAAACACAAAAGAAGGAACUUUCAUUCUCUUCCUUGGCCUCGCGCUUUCUGUUACUUCAUUUCCUGUUCUUGCUAGAAUCCUCGCGGAGCUCAAACUUAUCAACUCUGAAAUUGGGAGAAUCGCGAUGUCUGCUUCACUUAUUAAUGAUAUGUUAGCAUGGAUUGUGUUAGCUUUUGCAAUCGCCUUUACUGAGAAUAAAGACAUGAGUUUGGCUACUCUUUGGGUGAUCCUAUCAAGUAUUGCAUUCAUUUGUGUUUGUUUUUUCGUCAUUAGGCCAUUGAUUGGAAGGAGAAUAAGUCAGACUCCAGAAGGCGAAUCGAUUAGUGAGUUCAAUAUAUGUCUCAUUCUAACAGGAGUUAUGAUAUCUGGAUUCAUAACUGAUGUUAUUGGAACACAUUCUGUUUUUGGUGCUUUUGUGUUUGGUUUGAUCAUACCUAGUGGUCCUCUUGGUUUAACACUUAUAGAAAGGCUAGAAGACUUCGUAUCGGGGCUUUUGUUACCUCUUUUUUUCGCCAUUAGUGGUCUCAAAACAGAGAUUUCUGCUAUUGAUAGUGCUGCAACAUGGGGAGUUUUGUGUGUUGUUAUAAUCUUGGCUUGUGCUGGUAAAGUUAUAGGUGUUGUCAUUGUAACACUAUAUUACAAAAUGCCAUUUCAUGAAGGCCUUUCUCUUGGUCUUCUCAUGAAUGCAAAAGGCCUUGUUGAGAUUAUUGUUCUCAAUGUUGGUAAAGACCAAAAGGUUCUUGAUGAGAAAUCUUUUGCUAUAAUGGUGAUUGUAGCAAUUGGGAUGACUGCAGUCAUCACUCCUAUUGUGACAAUUGUCUAUAAACCAUCAAGAAAUUUCACCCCAUAUAAGAGAAGAACAGUUCAGAAAACAAAGUUGGAUAGGGAAUUUCGAGUGCUCGUUAGCAUCCACACACCUAAAGCUGUUCCAACAAUUAUAAGUCUUCUUGAAGCAUCAUGUCCUACGAAGAAAUCACCGAUAUGUAUAUAUGUCCUACACCUUGUAGAACUCACUGGACGUGCAUCUGGAAUGCUUAUUGUCCAUAACAUGCGUAAAAUAGGAAGGCCAGCUAUGAACAGGACUCAAGCUCAAUCUGAUCAUAUCAUCAAUGCAUUUGAGAACUUUGAGAAAAGUGCAGGAUGCGUCUACGUGCAGCCUCUCACUGCUAUCUCCCCUUACUCCACUAUGCAUGAAGACAUAUGCGUUUUAGCUGAGGAAAAACGCGUAGCACUAAUCAUAAUCCCUUUCCACAAGCAACAAACAGUUGAUGGUGGACUAGAAACUACAAACUCAUCAUUCCGAACAAUUAACCAGAAUGUAUUAGCAAAUGCACCUUGCUCCGUUGGGAUACUAGUAGAUAGAGGGUUAACAGGAUCAACAAGGUCAACAAUGAACCAAAUUUCACACCAUGUUGCAGUGUUAUUCUUUGGAGGACCAGAUGAUCGCGAAGCAUUAGCUUAUGCUUGGAGAAUGAGUGAACACCCGAACAUUAACCUAACAGUUAUGCGUUUCCUCCCUGGAGAUACAACAAUUGAAGCAAGAAAAUCAAACAGUGGGAAUGACUAUAGUGUACUAACAGUUGAAACAGAACGCGAUAGGGAAAAACAGUUAGAUGAGGAAUAUGUAACAGAAUUCAGGACAAAAACAGGAAAUGAUGGAUCAAUAGUAUACAUUGAAAGAAUAGUGAAUCAUGGAGAAGAGACAGUAGGAGCAAUAAGGUCAAUAGAUAACUCACACGACUUGUUCAUAGUGGGUAGAGGACAAGGGACAAGCUCCCCGUUAACAGCAGGGCUAACUGAUUGGAGUGAAUGCCCAGAGCUAGGUGCCAUUGGUGAUCUCUUAGCUUCAUCAGAUUUCGCGAUGAAAGCAUCAGCAUUGGUGGUGCAACAAUAUGUAGGUAUGGGAUCCGGGGAUCCAUUAAUCACUCCGGAUAGUCCUAGCGUGCAUUAUGAACCCUUCAACCUCGAUCAUUCAACUCAUAGACAACAACAACAACAACAAUGA